CACCGACCGGUUGAGGUCAAGGUGGGAGGCUGAGCCGUAAAUUGUUAGGUGGGUGCUGCAGGCUGACAGACAAUUUGUCUCCCGAUGUUUCUGAGAAGAGAGCGGACCUGAAUGUGAACAGCUUUUCCGGGAGAGGGUGGACCAUGUCAACUGAAGCAACAUGAGUGUGCUCAAUGACUCUGAGACCUCCCCUCCCUCUUUUUCCUUCUCCUCCCUGCAGCACAAUCUCUCCUUCCUUGUCACUCAUGACCCUUCAUACUCCCCUAUUUCCUUCCCCACCUCCUCCUCCUCCCUGACCUCCUCUAACUGCACCAGCCCUCCCUCCUCUUCCUCUCCUACGUAUAACUUCUAUGCCGUGCUGCUGGUGCUCCUCAUCUUCUGCGUGGUGUUUGGGAAUGUGCUCGUUUGUGUGGCGGUGUCACGAGAGCGCGCUCUGCAGACCACCACCAACUACCUCAUCGUGUCACUGGCCGUGUCCGACCUGCUGCUGGCCACUCUGGUCAUGCCCUGGGGCGUCUACCUUGAGGUGGUAGGAGAGUGGCGCUUUAGUCUAAUCCACUGUGACAUCCUUCUCACGUUAGACGUCAUGAUGUGCACCGCCAGCAUCCUCAACCUCUGUGCCAUCAGCAUCGACAGGUACACAGCCGUGGCCAUGCCGAUGCUUUACAACACCAGGUACAGCUCCAGGAGGAGGGUGGCAGUGAUGAUCGCUGUGGUCUGGUUCCUCUCUUUUGCCAUUUCCUGCCCUUUACUGUUUGGACUCAACAACACGGCGAGCAGGGACGGCACCACAUGCAGCUUUGCCGAUCCAGCCUUCGUGGUUUACUCAUCCGUGGCCUCCUUCUACGUUCCUUUCAUUGUUACUCUGCUGGUGUAUGCACAGAUCUGUGUGGUUCUGCGAAAACGAGGCAGACGCACCGCCCCGCCACGCAGACAGGCCCUGCCUCCAACAGUGAGCGCUCCAGAAGCUGGAGAAAGUCAUCGACACAGGAAGAACAAGUGCACACAACCAGAGGAUGUGAAGCUGUGUACCCUCAUCCUGAGACCUGCCACAGCCGGCCCACAGAGAAAGAAAGUGACCCUGGUAAAAGAAGCGGUGGUCCAUCCCCUCGAAGUGGAGCCAGGCCGCUUCCUGCCUCAGACCGAGCAGAGCCUGGCGCCUCCUCCUCCUCCUCCUGCUCCACAGACUUCCUCCCAUCCAGGACGGGCCAGGAUCUCCUUGGCCAUCUCCGUCGGACCCGCCCCCGUUCUUCCAUCGACGGUGACAAGAUCGGCGCUGAUGCCUCGGCCCCCGACCCUAGAAGACGGCAUGAGGGGCCGGGAGGGAUGGAGGGAGCGCAGCGGAGGCAGAGAUAGGUGGGGGAUCACAAAGGAGAGGGUGAGAGGGAGGCUGUCGCAGCAGAAGGAGAGGAAGGCGACGCAGAUGCUCGCCAUCGUUCUUGGUGUGUUCAUCAUCUGCUGGCUGCCUUUCUUCCUCACCCAUGUGCUGAAGGCUCACUGCAGGAGCUGCUGUAUCUCCCCCUCACUGUAUAGCGCUGUCACCUGGCUGGGAUACCUCAACAGCGCUGUCAACCCUGUCAUCUACACCACUUUUAACAUCGAGUUUCGGAAAGCCUUCAUAAAGAUCCUGCACUGCUGAGAGAUGGAGACGUCUGCUGUCAACAGCCUCAUGUUUAGAGUCAGUCACGAGAGAGUAAAGGUGAAGAGUUUGGGGAUGAUGGGGAUCCGAUGAUGGGGUUGGUAAUUAAUACAAGAAUCUGAAACAAUGGAAAGCAAGAGAAAUAUAACCAGCAGCUCAGACAAGACUGAAGAAGACAGAAACAUGACACACCGAGGGAAUAAAAAACUACCAGUAAACAUUGUUUGAUGAGUAAUGGACAGCUACAAGAACCAAAAACAAGCUGGAGAUAAUUAUGGGUGAGAAGAAAUGCACUUUUUUGUGUAAAUAUAAUAUGAAAAGAGAAUAUUUGAGGACUGUGGAUCUCUCCAUAGCAGCACAACUGAAAGACUCGGCACUCUGGAGACUCAUGGAGACGUGACUGGUUUUCCAAAGAUUGAACUGUGGUAGAAACUUGCAGUUUUUUCUUAUUAUAUUGACAAAGAGCAUAUGAUUAUGUGAUCGCAUGUGCUUGUUUCCUUCAGAGGACUGAAACAAGCAAAGCCAGACAAACAACAGAACCUUGAGAACCUUGCUUGAGUCAUCCACAAUUAUCAGUAAUUUUUGAUAAGUCAAGGUGAAAUUAUUGACUUGGUUGUAUAAUGCAGACAAAAUCCACAGCUAAGAGAGCUUUUAUUGAUCGUAAUUUCCAUGUUACUUUAAUAAGUGUUUCUAUGUGUAAAUGUUGGUGCUGUAUAAACAGAGGACUCUCAAAAAAUAGAAUAUAUUUUAAAGUAAAAGUUAAAUUUCCAUAUAUUCUAGAUUCAGCUCAUACAAAGUUAAACAUCUCUGCUCCUUUAUGUUUUAAUCUCCAUGGA